AUGAGAGCUGUGCGCCAUUACUGAGUGAAAGAAACAAGGGGGUGGAGGCAGGAGCGUAGUGCGCACAACCGGCCUGGAAUCGGCAAUCAUGAUGAAAUUUCUGCCCAAAUUAUUUUUGAUCGCGUUGCUAGCUUUUCCUGCAACAAUCCUCAUCAACUGCAAAGGGCCUUUAGUGGCAGCUCAAGAUGCAACAGAAGAUGAAGAGGCAGUGGACGAUGUGAUCGCGGAGGACGAGGAUGAUGAAGCUGAAGUGGAAGAUGAUGAAACAACAGAAUUGACAGAAGAGAAGGAUGAAGAGGAAGAAGAUGUCACCUCAGGGGAAGCAAAGGCAUCUCCCAACGCUGAUACCACCAUCCUGUUUGUCAAAGGAGAAGAUUUCCCCGCGAACAACAUUGUGAAAUUCCUGGCCGGCUUCACCAACAAGGGCAGCGAAGACUUUGUGGUCGAGUCCCUGGAUGCCUCCUUCCGCUACCCCCAGGACUACCAGUUCUACAUCCAGAACUUCACUGCCCUGCAGCUGAACACCGUGGUGCAGCCCCUGCGCCAGGCCACCUUCGAGUACUCCUUCAUCCCGGCAGAGCCCAUGGGGGGGCGCCCCUUCGGCCUGGUCAUCAACCUGAACUACAAGGACAACAGCGGCAAUGUUUUCCAAGAUGCGGUAUUCAACCAGACUGUUACCAUCACUGAGAGAGAGGAUGGCCUGGAUGGUGAAACGAUCUUCAUGUAUGUCUUUCUGUCGGGUCUGGGAUUGCUUGUUGCCGUUGGGCUGCACCAGCUCCUGGAGUCUAGAAAGAGAAGGAGACCUGCUCCCAAGGUGGAAAUGGGGACGUCGAGCCACAAUGAUGUGGACAUGAGCUGGAUCCCACAAGAGACCCUGAACCAGAUCAUGCAGAGCAGACGAGGUGAGAUUCCAGCCUUUCUCUGAGGGGUGCUAUGAACUAUAGUGUUUAAAAGUCAAUGCGAACACAAUUUUGUGCAAAGGUUUGC